UCGCACUAGCGGGCUCUUUUUCUUCUCUGCUUGGUCGGAGAAGUCCUUGGCUGUUCUUGACAUUAUCCUGAUUAUCUGCUGCAAGUGUACUCCGUAAGUAAGUUCGGCUUCUCUCUCAUUCUAUUCUCUUUGGUACCCUAAUUCGACAUCUGCCGCGCCUUCUGGUCUUUCUGCUCUGACACUAGCAUUGUAUUCUCUUUUUAUCAUUUCACUCAUACUCCUCUUCUUUCCCUUUGUCCCUCUCUGCUCCCUCCCUCAUCUCCCUUUUCUCACCCUGUCCGAACUCCUACACCUUCAUUCCCCCCUCUUCUCAUCUUAUUUAUCUUUUCAUCAUAUUGAAUUCCCUGCUGUUCCCCCCCUCUGUUCAGUGUUCCCCCGUCCCCCAUCAUAUCAAUCUGCAAAUCACCAACAAACUUUUCCAUGUGCAUGCCAGAACUCAAACGCAGUAAACUCGAUCAACUAAUUCUCUGACUGAACCUCCUCAGUCUUCUACCAUGACCGUUGCAGCACCUCCUGUAGCACCCGUGCAUGAGAAUGGCCUCAACGGAGGUGUCUCCGGACACCAUGUCAACACCAUGAGCCUGCCCCGAUUCCAUCCAAUCGCAAUGAAUCCGACGCAAGCAAUCCCACCGGAACAUAUGAUGCCAGGCCAUCAUCAAUUUCGUCCCUUCCACCCCCAUCCACUGCAGGAACCAGGCCCGCCAGCGCCCGGUCCGCCGGCUCAACCUUUCCAAAUAGAUCAUAUCGAGACUCGCCUCAGACAACUGGAACAUGAAGAAGCGGCUCGCAUGGCGGCCCGUAGUCACCUUCUCGCCAUCCGGAAGCGAGAGGACGAGGAGUUUCGUAGGAUGACCGAAAAUGCGGAAGCCGAAGAAGAGGAACUGCGUAGGCAACGGAAGAGAAUAAAGCGGGAGUCCAUGGGACUGGGAUAUAAUGCAAGCCUGGACUCGCCGCCGCUUCGACCAACGCCGCCUCGCCGGUUAUCGGAAACCAAUGCAGCGACCACCCUUGCAUUCUUCAAGCAACAGAGCCCUCCAGAGCCUCGCCAAAUUCCCCCGCCGCCAACACAAGCGCCGCCGCCCCAUCCUCCUCCUCAGCACAUCCACCACGAUCCUACCGGCGCCACAUCGAUUCGGCGGAAGCAGAAAUACACCAUCAAGAAUGUUGAGGCUUGGGGGGAACGUCAUGGACGACCGGCCGCGCAUGAUCCCUCUGGACGGGCGCUCUGGAAGCGGCCGUCGGACGGAAGCCUGGUAUAUCUCACAUGUCCGGUCGCAGGUUGUGGAAAAGCCGAUUUUGUGACCCUGCAUGGCUUCAUGUGCCAUCUGACCAAGAAACAUAAGGACCGCAGCCUGGGGAGUCAGUCCCGGGCGCUAGAGGUAUGUGGCAUCGUGUUUGAUCCUAAUGCGCCUCUGCCGCCAGUGGCGACGGUGAAUCGGGCAUCCACCGAAGAAAGUCGGUUGGAAUCUGGCCCUGCGGAUACCGAAGGAUAUCAGCAAGAAAUGGAUUAUUCCUCUGCAUCUGAUGAGGAGGAGAGUCGGGAGGUCCGUGUGAAGACGGAGGCCCCCGAGCGGACACUGCCAGCGCCGCCGGUCCCCAUGGCUCCGGCCCCGGAGCAAAUACCAGUCCCGAGAACGAACGGGUCGACGAAACAAUCCAUUUCAUCUAUCAUCGAUCGUGAUCCAGAGGAGGAGCCCCGGGAGCGAUUAGCCUCCAUCCCUCCUCGGCCGGUUGAGGCACCCAUCCAGGCGUUGCCGGAUCAAAAGCCCCCGAUCAAAGACGAGGCCGAGUUUCCUCGGCCCCAUGAAAACGAGAAAGAGAACACUGAACCUAAAAACCCAACUGAGGUUAAGUAAUAUAUUCAAUUACAUAAUACUGCUUGUUGAUCGCAUUGCCUGCGACCACACAAAACCUGCAUUUCGCCUUGCAUAGUACGAGCAUGCUUUCAGAUUCUGAGUCUCUGUUCAUAUGCAGCUCUUGC